AUGACCGAUAAAACAUUAUUAACAACAGCUAGAAAGGCUAGAUUCGAUGAUUUACCAAAUUUCUCUGGACAUCCUUCUGAGGAUGUCGAACGGUUUUUAAGAAGUGUUAAAAAUAUUACAAAAGCUAAUGAUGAAUCAGAAAAUCAUGAAAUUCUUGAAAUCAUACGUGGUAAAUUAACUCAAUCAGCAGGAUUAUGGUUCGAUAAUAAUGAACAUAAUUUUAAAAAAUGGUCAGAUUUCGAAAUUGCAUUUCGAAAUCGUUAUUUCUCUACAACAAUGAUUCA